AUGGCUGCCUCCUCGUCUUUCACCCUGCAGACGGUGGUCUCCCGCACCGUCGCCGUCGCCGGCGGCCAUGGCUCGCCGUCCCCCUCCCCCGCAGAGCACCUUGCCAUCCCCACCGGCUUCUCACUGUGCUCGCUUGCCGGCAAGGGCGUCAAGUCCUCACCCGCCGCCGCUCCAUUCGCCGCUUCGUCCCCGAGGGGGAAGCGGCCGGGGUUGAGGCGGCCUGUGCUGGCGCCGGUGAGGGCGACGGCGGUCGAGACCGUGGAGAAGACGGCUACGGCGCUGGUGGAUAAGUCCGUUAACACCAUCCGGUUCCUCGCCAUCGAUGCGGUCGAGAAGGCGAACUCGGGACAUCCAGGGCUCCCCAUGGGGUGCGCUCCGAUGGGGCAUAUCCUUUAUGACGAGGUGAUGCGUUACAACCCCAAGAAUCCCUACUGGUUCAACCGCGACAGGUUCGUGCUCUCCGCCGGACACGGAUGCAUGCUCCAGUACGCCCUUCUCCACCUAGCCGGAUAUGACAGCGUCAAGGUGAAGAAGAAUUCUCUCCAUUCAUCCUCCCCUCGAGUUUUAUCUAUCCUCGUUGAUUUCGUACCUGGGAACGAGCUGGACUGCACGGCCGAUCCAGAAUUUUGGAGAUUCGUUUUUUGUGCCAUGCCGAUGUCUCCUUUUAGCUCUUUGGCCGGAUCUAUCCGAAGUAGAAAUGGUUCUUCUCAUGUUGUACACAUAAUCAGGAAUUUUAGAAUCAAACAAUCGUGUUUUAUGUAUGCAUCUGCAUCGGCAUCUUUAGUUGCUACUUUGAGCGUUCGCGAUUUUCCCCCAACUGAUCUUCAGAUUCUCUCUUGAAAUGAAAUCUGAUCUUUUAGGAAGAAGACUUGAAAUCUUUCCGCCAGUGGGGAAGCAGAACUCCCGGCCACCCCGAGAACUUCGAGACCCCUGGCGUUGAAGUCACCACUGGUUUGCCCCUGGAACCUACCUGGGGGCAGUCUCUUUCUGCAAAAGAUUUCUUCAUUUGGAUCAUUGAUCCGUCUAAUGAUCUCCGUCUCUGCAAUUCACCACAGGCCCUCUGGGACAGGGUAUUGCCAACGCUGUCGGACUGGCUCUCGCCGAGAAGCACUUGGCUGCCCGUUUCAACAAGCCCGACAGCGAGAUCGUCGACCACUACACGUAAACCCUGCAACCUCCUCUCUCUCUCUCUCCCUCUCUCUCCCUCUCUAUGCUAUCCAUACUCUCUAUACUCUUUCUCUGUCUCGUAUGGCUUUGUCAACAGCACCUCUAAUUUGUCUGUGCCUCCAUGCUUGAAGCUAUGUCAUUCUCGGAGAUGGUUGCCAGAUGGAGGGCAUCUCGAACGAAGUUUGCUCCUUAGCCGGGCACUGGGGCCUCGGGAAGCUGAUCGCCUUCUAUGAUGACAACCACAUCUCCAUCGACGGGGACACAGAGAUCGCUUUCACAGAGGACGUCAGCGCCCGUUUUGACGCCCUCGGCUGGCACACGAUCUGGGUCAAGAACGGCAACAAUGGCUACGACGAGAUCCGCGCCGCCAUCGAGGAGGCCAAAGCCGUCAAGGACAAACCCACAUUGAUCAAGGUUCAAUUUCCUUCCCAGAAAGCUUCGAUUUCCCGCUGUUCGUGUCCGAUAUUGAUGAUACUAUUUGGGUAUUCGUAUAUAGGUAACGACGACGAUCGGAUUUGGAUCACCGAACAAGGCGAACUCAUACGCUGUUCAUGGAAGCGCACUGGGCGCCAAGGAGGUUGAAGCAACGCGGAACAACCUCGGAUGGCCUUACGAACCUUUCCAUGUUCCCGAUGAUGUGAAGAGGUACUUUCUGCUCGAGCGGUUCAACUGUAGUUUGCUUGCUAGCUGCGUCUUUUCAUGGCGGCCCGAUGAUCUCCGCCUGCCUGUUUCCGAUUGCAGUCACUGGAGCCGCCAUGUCCCCAACGGCGCCGCCCUCGAAGCCGAGUGGAACGCGAAGUUCGUAGAAUACGAGAGGAAGUACCAGGAGGACGCCGCCGUUCUGAAGUCGAUCAUCACCGGAGAAUUGAUCCCCGGCUGGGAGAAGGCUCUUCCGGUGAGCAAAAUCAAUAGACUUUUUCCGUUCAAUCUCCUCCUCCCCCGCCGGUGGAUUAUCAUCCCUCCUCUGCCGCAGACUUACACGCCGGAGAGCCCCGGCGACGCCACGAGGAAUCUGUCCCAGCAGUGCCUGAACGCGCUCGCGCCGGUGGUGCCGGGUCUUAUCGGUGGCAGCGCCGACCUCGCCUCCUCCAACAUGACGCUGCUCAAGGCGUACGGCGACUUCCAAAAGGACACGCCGGAGGAGCGGAACGUGAGGUUCGGCGUCCGCGAGCACGGCAUGGGGGCCAUCUGCAACGGCAUCGCCCUCCACAGCCCCGGGUUCGUCCCCUACUGCGCCACCUUCUUCGUCUUCACCGACUACAUGCGAGGCGCCAUGAGGAUCUCCGCGCUGUCCGAGGCGGGGGUCAUCUACGUGAUGACCCACGACUCCAUCGGUCUCGGUGAGGACGGGCCGACCCACCAGCCGAUCGAGCACCUGGUGAGUUUCCGCGCCAUGCCAAACAUCCUCAUGUUCCGCCCCGCCGACGGCAACGAGACGGCCGGCGCCUACAAGGUGGCGGUGCUCAACCGGAAGAGGCCAUCGGUGCUGGCCCUCUCCCGCCAGAAGCUGGCCCAGCUGCCGGGGACCUCGAUCGAGGGCGUGGAGAAGGGAGGCUACAUCGUCUCCGACAAUUCGACCGGCAACAAACCGGACCUGAUCCUCCUGGGGACCGGCUCCGAGCUGGAGAUCGCAGAGAAGGCCGCCGGCGAGCUGAGGAAGGAGGGGAAGGCCGUGCGGGUCGUCUCUCUGGUCUGCUGGGAGCUGUUCGACGAGCAGUCCGACGAGUACAAGGAGAGCGUGCUCCCCGCCGCCGUCACCGCGCGGGUUAGCAUCGAAGCCGGAUCCACGCUCGGGUGGCAGAAGUUCAUCGGCAGCGGCGGCAAGGCCAUCGGCAUCGACCGGUUCGGCGCCAGCGCCCCCGCGGGGACGAUAUACAAGGAGUACGGCAUCAGCGCCGAGAACAUCAUCGCCGCCGUCAAGUCUCUGUGA